AGGGGAGAAUCAUAAUAAUAUUGAUUAGAAUACAAGAUGAAUCGAGUUUAUUUUUUUCUUUAUGACAAUAAUGUGAUAGUCAUACAUAAUUAUGUUAUUCAUAUCAUUCAAUACCUAGAUUGGUGAUCGUUCGGUCAGACGUGUCCACAACAUUUAUGUAUGUAUUUCGGUUGCUUGGGACAGUGAAUAUCGAGUAAAAAAUAAAAAAAAUUAUUGAAUAUUUGCGUGCCAUCUCCAUUCAACAAUAUUUCAAUGUCAAAGUCAAAGUUUUUCACACCAAAUAAUUGGACUAUUCUAAAAUUUUUAUUGAAAUUUUUAUCGAAAAAUUCCGAAAAGAAUACCACCAAUAAUGAGGAUAAUCGUAACAUCAAUCAACGAUCAUUUUAUAUCGGAAAAAAUCGUCCUAAACUUCAAAUCGAUCCACCAUCGCCAUUGCGAUCAUUAUCAUCUUCACCAUCAUCAUCAUCAUCGAACAAAAACAAAGAUCAAUGCAACAAUCAUUCUCCAAAUUUAAGCGCAUUAAUAUGCAGAACUAUUCUGGCAAUUCUAUUCAUACUAAUCAUUCUUUUACAAUUUCUAUGGUCAUCCUGGUGCUUAUGGUUCCAGAUGAAUUCGAUGGAUCCAUUAUUCAAAAUGGCAUUGUUCACACCGAUGACCUUUAUUGAUUCUUAUUUGUUCUAUCAUGUUUUACUGUGGCUAAUAAGUAUUACAAAAUUGAUGAAAAAAAAGACACACCAAUAUUUGAUCGAACGUCGAAAAAGGAGACGACGAACCCCGCCUGAUUUACAAACACCAGUUACAACUCCAAUGAGUGCAUUAACAUUACAAAGUCUUUCUUUGGUUUCCAAUUAUUUUGAUGUAACCCCCACAACAACUCCAACGAUGAUUAUACCGACCAUCAAUGUUCGUUUGGCUCAAGACCAAAAUGAUGAUGAUGAAACGGGAUAUGAAUCAAUUAAGUUUAUCGAUGAUUCGAAAUCAACAAUGAAUAAAAAUUCUAAUUUAACAUCUAUUGAAAGAAAAUCAUCUGUCACAUCAUCAUUAUCGUCAGUUGAUAUGUUGGCAAAUUAUUUAAAUCAAUUCGAUAUAAGUUAUUUGAGAAAACAUAGCCAAGAUUUGGUUACGGGAGAGAAGCUAACCACUUCGAAAGAAAGUUUGGCAACAGAAUGUUCAAAAUUUUAUUGUGAUUCAAUGCCCUAAUC